GUCAGCAGAGGAAACUCUUCUCUAUCCAUUUAUUCAGUUGUUCUUCAUUUUACCCUGCCAAAAGACAGUUCACCAGUCAGUUGUGAGUGUUUUGUGUGUGUGGAAGAGUGUGUGGAGUUCUCUGAUAAAUGCAGCUGGUACCUUGGUGGCAGGAUGGAUGUUCUGUUGUGGAGAUGUGUGCUGGGACUCCUCUGCACACCUGCAGUGCUCACCUGGACAGUUUCCCAGAGCCCCAGUGCCGUAUCUCUGAUGAAGGUCAACUCCUCGGCCGAGAUCCUCUGCUCCACAUCGCUACCCGACCCCACAGGCCUCUACCUCAUGGGUCGAUUCCACGACAACAGAGAUGUGCUGUACUUGUCGAUAGCUGACAGAGCAGUCGGUAAGAUCACAAUCCACAAUGGGUUCAGAGGUCGGGUCACAGUAGAGCCAGACCAGGACCAGGAGGUCAAGCGGUGCUGUGAGUUCACACUGAGGCUGUCCCAGCUUGGGGUGGAGGACACAGACAGUUACUACUGCAGCUGGAGGUACUACGAUACCAAAAAGAAAGUGCUGGUACAGCGGCACAGUAAUGGCACCAUCAUCAUUGUCAGAGAGAGAGAUCCAGAGAAGGGCUGUGGCGGCGGUCAGACCAUCAUGGAACUCAUCUUGAUUGUGCUGAGUUGGACGGCCUUCAUCGUCAUCUUAUUCCUCUUAAUUGGAGCUCUGGUGUGGCGAUGCACACGGACCAAAAAGCACUACACACCAGCCAGGGACAAUAGAAGACACCACCAUCACCACCACCAGCAUGUGUGUCCACAGCACAGGCCUACUGCUGACCCACAGUUCAUCCACCCCAGCAGCUCUCCAGACCAUGUCGACUUUAAAGGGAUACUGUAACAUUGAAGGGAAUGUUAUUCUGCAAUUGCGGUAAUAAUUUACCUUUAGAGUGUCUACAUAGUUAGGUCUACUGUCUGUUCUCACAAAUGGAAUGUUCUUUAAUUACUAUUUUUGGCUAGAUUUCAGAUAUAUUUUCAGACGUCUGUCUGAGCAAUCCAUUAUUUGCGUUUAUUUGCCAAGUUGGUAGUUGUGCAUUUCUGUUCAUUGCAUCUUACAGAAACAUCAGUGCAAUUAAAUAGUGUGCAAUUCUGUGCAUUUGUAGGCUACUGUUCUCAUGAGCUCUUUCUCACGAAAUGUCUGUUUUUCUCUUCUUUUGUGUCUCCACUUCCGAUUGUUAUGGGAAUUGUCUAUGUUAACAGAAAGACUCUUUCUAUGUGACUCAGUGAUACUAACAGCAACGUACCAUACCACAUCCUGCAGUUUGAUGUCUGACAAGCUUUCAGAUCAUAUAUCGGCUGCCUAAUGUGUGAACAGGUCAAUUGUUUUGUUUUUUGCACAUCCAGCAGAUUUAAAAGUGUUUUCGACAAUGUUGAGCUAAUCUGUUUGAUUAUCCUGCUCUUCAUCUGACAUGUCCUAAUGUUACCAAGCUGAAUAUAAAUUCCACGCAAGUCAGAGAUAUAAAAUAGACAUGUGUCAGUCAAGUCAACACAUGCCCAUUUAAAGAGAUAUUGCUGCAUGACUUUGUAUUUAUGGAUUCCCUGGUCUCCCUGACAGACAGCGGCGAGCCCCAGCUGUUUAGUUGAUUUAUAUAUAUAUUUUGGGGGGGUUGCGUGUUAUUUUCGCAUAAUACGGGUCACAAAUCAGUUUGCAAACAAUGUAAAAAAAUAAAAAUAAAGCUGCAUACAGA